GGCGCUUGCUGAUCCAGGAGGCGUGUUGACAUCUUUCCCAGUUGCCGCGCUCUCUGCACUGUUGGAGGAGCUCUCCGCCCUCUCUUCCUGAUAAAACUCAUCUUCUCCUUUUUGUCCUUCUUGGGUCUCGGUGACCCUCGCUCCCAAAGCCAAACCCCCGAUGCGUGGAGCGAGCACGGGGCAAGAUCCCUCUCCUCAAGCUCCCGAAUCUGCGGGCACGGCGCCCAUGAAUCCCUCGGAGAAUCCAGAGGCCCCUGGCCCGGAUUCGACCCAUGAUCAGAAGGCCUCCGAUGCUGCUAAUAUCCAGCAGUCUACCCCAGGCGCGUCCACUCAGCAAGUCUCCUCCUCGGUCGCCUCUACCUCCAAUCCGCCAGAGGUCGAAGGGGCCGACGCGCCUAAGAAACGUAGCCUGUUGAUCCCAAUUCCGUCGCGCCGGUCUUCGAAGACGGAUAAGCAGUCCACGGAAAAGACCGAGGAGUCGGCGCAGGAGGCCCCUGCUCGCCGAAGCUCCAAGGUCAGCAUCCUCAAGGUGCACAGGGAUCGUAGCCGGGCAAGUAGCAGACGGUCACGACGGGCGCAGGAAGUGGCAAAUGUGGAAAAAUCACCAGAGUCGGCCACCCCAACCACCCCGGAAAUGAAUGGUCCUUCACGACCCCAGAAGAAGAGCAAGUUUUUGGCAUUCCUGAGCUGCUGUUCCUCACCUGGUGUCGAUGGUGACGAUGACGCGGUCCCUGCGAAGAAGUCGACAAAACAAGCGCCUACUUCCAACCGACUACCCACCCCCGACAAGGCGGAAGCUCGCACUGGAGACUCAAGUACCGCCGAGUCGAGAGAUCCGGCCUACUAUGACAACGAGAAAGCCAAUUUGACCGUCAGCGAUCAACCCAAGAAAGAAGACAAGCCUGUCGCCCAGCCCACAGCCGACGCGCCGGGUGAGGGAACUUCCACUGGGGUCAGUCAGCCUGAGGUCUCCGAAAUCGCGGAAGAACAUGAAUCCACGAAGGCCGGCAUCGCCAAUGGUGUUGUUUCCGAAUCGAAGCCCGAUGCUCCCCCAUCCGAGGAGGCCGCGACGACAGAAGAACCUCCAGUCGCUGAAUCCACGUCUAAGCAACCCGUGAAUGGCGACAUCGAAGAUCACUCGCACCAAGAGGACGUUGUUCACCAAGCUCCUCAGACUACUGUCGUAUUGCCUCCCCCUCCGCCUCCACCAGUGCUUCCUGAUGUACCUUCGGCGCCGGAAAGAGAGGAUCAGCAGUGGCUGCUCCCACCGGUUGUGCCAAACCUUCAGGGUCGAAAAUGUCUUGUCCUAGAUCUUGAUGAAACAUUAGUUCACAGUAGUUUUAAGGUCCUUGAACGUGCCGAUUUCACUAUUCCUGUCGAAAUCGAGGGACAGUAUCACAACAUCUAUGUCAUUAAGCGGCCCGGCGUGGAUCAGUUCAUGAAACGGGUUGGUGAGUUGUACGAGGUAGUAGUUUUCACGGCAUCCGUUUCCAAGUAUGGUGAUCCAUUGCUCGACCAGCUUGAUAUCCACGAUGUGGUGCACCAUCGAUUAUUCCGAGAGAGUUGCUACAAUCAUCAAGGCAACUACGUGAAGGACCUUUCUCAAGUUGGCCGUGACCUACGUGAAACGAUCAUCAUUGACAACUCUCCUACCUCGUAUAUCUUCCAUCCUCAACACGCGAUACCCAUCAGCAGCUGGUUCUCUGACGCCCACGACAAUGAACUGCUUGACCUUAUCCCCGUUCUCGAGGAUCUUGCUGGGGCUCAAGUCCAAGAUGUCAGCAUGGUCCUGGACAUCACUCUGUGAAUGUCUUGUCCGGAGAUAUUUCUAACGCCCGAGAUUCCCCUUUGAGCGCGUCGUUCCCUAUGUUUGUUUUCGUUUUUUUUUUGUUGCGAGAAAAGCUUUUACUUCCCAGCAUUUUCCUAUUUCUUCGCAUUUACCCUUAGUUCCCUGUCCCAUUACAUUGCCGCUUCGCUUCUCGACGCGACCAUGGACCUAGAUGGGAACUGGUUCCCUUUCGGGCCAUGGCUCAUCUGAUGCAUUUGUCGUUUCUAUUGUUCUGAAUAGCCCAUUUUCAUAACCCCCGGCAUUUAUUUUCUUUCUUUGCCUUGCUUUCCCUUCGGCAUUGUGACCUUAUCUGACCUUGCUCCGAGCGAGCUUUUUUUCCUAGCCCUGUCGAUUAUUCCCUGUCAUGCCCUGAUCUUCACGAUCUCGCCUUGUCUCUACUCUAUCCUUAGUCCGCAUUCUCCGAUGCAUCCUGCAGGCGUCUGUUGGUUCCCAAUGUUGCCGCUGUAUCCCCCUAUGCGUUAUCUGCUUCCGUCUUUUUGCGCCUUGCUACUCUGUCGACCGGGUCCAGCCAUCACCACGGAUAAAUGUUGAGUCAGAUUCCUUCUAGAUUUUCAUGGUACCAUGAAGGCACAUCCAGGCUGUUAAUGCGUGCCUUGACCGCGCUACAGCGUGCCAAACUUGAGUUUCGUUGCUGGAUUGAUUCCCCGCAUGCAAUGUAUGACUAUCUGAUUGGCUGCGGCAUUCUAGUAUAUAGUCUUCGACAUAUUUCAGAGAACAAAUAUAGCUUGGCGC